AGUCUGUGCUUGCAAGUUCUGUCUGACUAUCACGUGACGAGUUGCUGGUUGCUUGAGAUAGAAGUAGCUGGUCGCGACAUUGAGCUCCGUUGUGAAUGCAGUACAGUAUUAGCUGCCACUAACAGAAAAGAUGGUGGUGUAUAGUGCUAAAAACUAAAUGUUUGACAGUACAUGCUACGUGAGGUGUGACAGUUAUCCAGCCAGGUGGAGGAGCAGGUACAGUAGCUAUGUGGGUGUUCGGUUAUGGCUCUCUGAUCUGGAAGGUGGAUUUUCCCUAUGAGGAGAAGCGGAUCGGCUACAUUUUAGGCUUCAGCCGGCGCUUCUGGCAAGGCAGCACCGACCACAGGGGAGUGCCAGGCAAGGUGACGUAUCUAUCUGUAUGGAUGACUAGUGAAGGGAGUCCUGGCCGAGUCGUGACUCUGGUGGAGGACCCAGAGGGUUGUGUCUGGGGCGUGGCAUAUAAGCUGCCGUCUGGCCGAGAGCAGGAAGUGAAGUGUUUCCUUGACUACCGGGAGAAGGGCGGUUACCGCGUCAUCGCAGUGAACUUUCACCCCCGACCCUCCGUGACCCCCACACGACACACUGACACUCUCCCUGAACCCAGCCAGGCUCUGCUCUACAUCGGUUCUAAUGACAGCCCUGACUACCUGGGUCCCGCCCCCCUGGAGCUGAUAGCCAAUCAGAUUGUAGAUGCUGUCGGACCAAGUGGACGGAACACUGAAUACCUGUUUUCAUUGGCUGAGGCGCUGAGGACUCUCCUCCCUGAAGACUCAGACACACACCUCUUCUCUCUCGAAGACCUGGUUAGAGAGAGACUAGCACACACACUUACUACAUGUGUGUCAGUAAACCAUCGCAGGGAUGCUGUAGAUUGUCAGUCAUGUGAUUGUCUCCAGGACCAUUCAGAGCUGGGUUAAGGUUAGGGUUAGGACCGUUCAAAGCUGGGUUAGGGUUAGGACCUUUCAAAGCUGGGUUAGGGUUAGGACUGUUCAGAGCUGGGUUAGGGUUAGGACUGUUCAGAGCAGGGUUAGGGUUAGGACCGUUCAGAGCUGGGUUAAGGUUAGGACUGUUCAGAGCUCGGUUAGGACUGUUCAGAGCUGGGUUAGGGUUAGGACUGUUCAGAGCUGGGUUAGGGUUGGGACUGUUCAGAGCUAGGGUUAGGGUUGGGACUGUUCAGAGCUGGGUUAGGGUUAGGACUGUUCAGAGCUGGGUUAGGACUGUUCAGAGCUGGGUUAGGGUUAGGACUGUUCAGAGCUGGGUUAGGACUGUUCAGAGCUGGGUUAUGACUGUUCAGAGCUGGGUUAGGGUUGGGACUGUUCAGAGCUGGGUUAGGGUUAGGACUGUUCAGAGCUGGGUUAGGACUGUUCAGAGCUGGGUUAGGGUUAGGACUGUUCAGAGCUGGGUUAGGACUGUUCAGAGCUGGGUUAGGGUUGGGACUGUUCAGAGCUGGGUUAGGACUGUUCAGAGCUGGGUUAGGACUGUUCAGAGCUGGGUUAGGGUUAGGACUGUUCAGAGCUGGGUUAGGGUUAGGACUGUUCAGAGCUGGGUUAGGGUUAGGACUGUUCAGAGCUGGGUUAGGGUUAGGACUGUUCAGAGCUGGGUUAGGGUUAGGACUGUUCAGAGCUGGGUCAGGGUUAGUAGAAUAUGUACCAAACCUGCCAGGUCAGUGUUACUUUUUGCGGCGUUCAAAACAACUGGGAAUUCGAUAAAAAACGAGCUCUGACUGGGGAGAAAUCGAUUUGAACGGUCAUCCAACUCGGGAACUCGGGCCUCUUUCUAGAGCUCACUGACGUCAUGAUUUGACCUUAUAUUUUUACAAAUUCCCAGUAGUUUUGAACGCGGCAUUAGUCCUAUCUCUAAGGACUGGUUUACUGUUCGAGAUCUCUCACUUUCCAGCGAUGUCAUUUAAACCUGUCUCACGCUCCAGUGAUGUCAUUUAAACCUGUCUCACGCUCCAGUGAUGUCAUUUAAACCUGUCUCAUGCUCCAGUGAUGUCAUUUUAAACACUUGUCUCAGUCUCCAGUGAUGUCAUUUAAACCUGUCUCAUGCUCCAGUGAUGUCAUUUAAACCUGUCUCACGCUCCAGUGAUGUCAUUUAAACCUGUCUCACGCUCCAGUGAUGUCAUUUUAAACACUUGUCUCAGUCUCCAGUGAUGUCAUAUUAAAUAGCUGUCUCACUCUUCAGUCCAUAUAGACAGGUUGGUUAUUUAGCAACAAAACUGACGCAUUGAGGUAGUAUGUACAGUUGAAGUCGGAAGUUUACAUACACUUAGGUUGUAGUCAUUAAAACUUGUUUUUCAACCACUCCA